AUGAACGUAAAUAAAAGAAUAGUAAAUGGAGAACAAUGCCAACAAAUAUUAAAAAUGGUAGACAAUGUGGGUCUCGAUAAAGAACAGGUAAGUGAAAAACUAGCCAAAAUAAUUGGCGAACCACAAAAUGAUAAAGAAGUUACGAAAAAUUAUUUAAUGACGGAAAUAAUAUACAAAGGCAUGUCAAAAUCAGGCUGUAUGGCUUACUCUGAACUAACUCAAAGAGAAAAAAUAAACGAAGUAAUAAUAGUGUCUGAAUACGUAAAAAGGACUUUGGCCAAACUUUUUUUAGUUGAAGAAAUGAACACAAAAUUAUGCCCUCCUUGCCAAGAAAUAAAAGAAAAGUUAAUUAAGUUUGUAAGAUCAAUGCCGCCACUUGCAGUUUUUAGUCAUAAAGCAAUAGAGUCAGAUUCUGAGGAAAUAAAUUUAAAUGAGGAAAAUUUUCAUUGUUAUGAUUGUGCCGAUGAUAUAUUACGAGGGCUAGAAACUUCUCGUAGUGGUGUUAUGGUCAAAAACCCAGAAGCCUUGGAUUUUUUGACCAAAGAUAAAAAAUUGACUUACCUGUGUUCUUUUGUAGUAAAAUACUUUUCUGAAUUGUCCUUAAAUGAUGAUUAUCAAUCAGGAAGAAGGCAUUUACAGGAAUUAUUUGGUAAAAUGAAAAGUGAUUUGCAACUUUAUCAAUCUGCUUUUUGA